AUGGGCCUCGUCCGUGCAAGCCCAAAAGUCAUCGAGCUAGGGCUUUUCAGUGACCCGUACAGUUGUCCACCGUAUCCCAUUUCUCCGGCCCUCUCGGAAAUUAAACUACCAAACUCCUCCGCCGUACCGACUUUUAUCGCCGCCGACGUCGCCGCAACACCGGCUGCAGCUCCGUCUCUCUCUCUACGCUUAAACAGUAGGUUGUGUCUCCGUAUCUACGCCCUUGCUUAUGCGUAUCGUAAGGAAUUGGAGCUGAUGGUAAGGACUGUGAAGAAUCAUCACCAUCAAGAAGAAGAAGAGGAUGAAGAAGAUUUCAUUUCGAGAACAACUGAUGGUUCCUCACAGAAAGAUGGAAGGAGGAAUGAUCAGAAGGCGAGCUCUCAUCGUUCUAAGCAUUCUGAGACGGAGCAGCGGCGAAGGAGCAAAAUUAACGAGAGAUUCCAGAUUUUAAGAGACCUCAUUCCUCAAAAUGAUCAGAAAAGAGACAGAGCUUCUUUCUUGUUAGAGGUGAUUCAAUAUAUCCAUUUUUUACAAGAAAAGUUACAAGUAUAUGAAGGAACAUUCCAUGGUUGGAGUCCAGAGCCCACAAAGUUAAUGCCAUGGAGAGGAAAUAGUGUCACAGAUACCUUCACAGAUCAAUCACAACCCAUAAAAAACGGAUCUUUACACGAGGCUGCCCGAGCAGCUGCCCUUGACAUACCAUUACAGCAAAACACAUACCUGCCCGACCCUGACCCUGACCCUGCCCAGGCUGCCCGGAUUCCUCAUGAAUAUUGGGAUGAUAGAUCUCUAAUGAAUGAGGAUGCUACUCCAAAUGAGCUUCAAGAAUUGAAGAUGCAAAGAGAAGGAGAUAGAGAUAGAAUCUCAGAUGCUUAUUCCAAAGGGCUGUUAAAUAAUCUAACUCAAGCAUUGGGUUCUUCUGGAGUUGAUCUUUCACAAGCGAAUAUUUCUGUGCAAUUUGAUAUCAGAAAAGUCACAAGUAGUGGAUCAAUUUCAACAUCUUUUGGAAUCAAGGAGCAUGAUUUUCUAUCUGAGGGUAAUCAAGGAAUGGCACAUUGUGGGAUUAGGAGGAGAGAUGAUGUUGUUUAUGAUCAAGUGCUCAAGAAACCAAGAACAGAACAAAACCAGUAAUUACUUAUUUCUUUUCUGUUACACUCAUAAUUUAUAAGUUUUUUUAUUUAAAAAAUUUUAAAUAUGGAAAAACUUGUUUCGUUGUACAUGUUUUUUACUAGAAAAUGGGGGGAGUUAUGUAUUUAACUUUGUAGUCUUGGGCUUCCAUUGCAAAUUAGAGAAGCUGCUUUUGUUUUUGUAUGUCAU